GCUCUGACAGAAGUUCUGGCUGAGGUUGAGUUCACAUUUCAGAAAAGGUCUGUAUGCAUGAUAAAGACACAUUCGGGAUAUUUAGUGAAACUUUAAAGAAACUUCAAAAAUGGGCAACGAAAACGGAGAUGUUAAGGAAUAUCAACCUUUACUUAAAGACUUCAAAGAACCAAAAAGACAAAUAAAGGUUCCAAGUAAAUCUCUUCUUCUGGCUGUAUGGGCAGCAUGCAUUGGGGGAACGUUCCAGUAUGGCUACAAUAUAUCUAUCAUUAAUGCACCUACCAAGGCUGUGCAGAGCUUCAUUAAUCAGACAUGGAUGGAGCGGUACAAUACUGAAAUCUCAUCACAGGUGCUCACUUUCCUCUGGUCCACAAUAGUGUCCAUAUUCACUCUCGGUGGACUUGUGGGAGCCUCCGUGGGAGGAACUCUUGCCAUUAGAUUUGGAAGGAAAGGGACGCUAUUAUUCAACAACACUUUUGCUCUGCUGGCUGCUUUAUUCAUGGGGUUGAGUUAUCCUACUAACACUUUUGAGCUGCUAAUCAUUGGGCGCUUUCUCACAGGACUAAAUGCAGGUAUCGGCAUCUGUGUGCAGCCUCUGUAUCUUGGUGAGAUCGCACCCAGAGCUCUGCGUGGCGCCAUGGCGAUGGGAACUUCCAUUUUUAUCACUGGUGGGAUUCUAACAGGACAAGUGAUUGGCCUCAAGGAGUUAUUAGGUAGGGAGGAGUUGUGGCCCAUCCUCUUGUCCACCACCUGUAUUCCAGCCAUACUGCAGCUGUUGAUUCUGCCCUGGUUCCCAGAGAGCCCUCGCUACCUGCUCAUCGACCGUGGAGAUGACCUUGCCUGCAAAAAGGCUCUAAUCUGGCUCCAAGGCAUGGAUAACUACCAUGGAGAAAGGCAGGACAUGGAGAGAGAGAGGGUCAGUGCGAUCGGGAUUAAACCCAAGAAGCCCUGGGAGCUUUUCACUGACCGAAGUCUUCGCUGGCAGCUACUCACCAUCAUUCUGCUCAACAUGUCCCAGCAACUCAACGGCAUCAAUGCAGUGCGUAUCACACUCAUAUUCAACAUUGUAACAGCAUAA